ACAUAUCAAAGGUUUACAGUAAGUUCCCCCAAAGGGCAGAGUCACAGAGUCACGGUGACAGUCCGUGUGACUCAAACUCAGUGUAAGGGGAGCAGAGUGGGACAUUAGACAGAAGGACAGAUCAAGACAGGCCAUGAGUCCAGAACUUGAUCAAGGACACAUGAACUCACAAGAAUUCACAGGAGCUCUGCAGAAGAAAAUUGAAUUGAAAUCCCACACUCCAUUUUGAAUAUUAUCUAUUAAGAAGAAAUUCUCCUGAAAUGAACACAACAACUGAUCCCCGAGAUGCAAACACAGAGACGGAUCGAGGUAGAAGCACCAGUUCUGAGCUUGAGCGUCCAAACUUGACAGGGGAUGUGACCACAGGGGAGGAUUUAUGGGGAAAUAUCAGCCCUGCCUGGAAUCGUCCAAUGAGUCCCUUAAGGAAAGAAAGAAGACCUGGACUGCAUCGUUCGAGAAGUAUGAAUCUUAAACAGGACCUCAGAGAUUGUGUGAGGAUAGUGCUGGUGGGGAAGACUGGUGUAGGGAAGAGUGCCACAGGAAACACCAUACUGGGGAGAGAGGCGUUUACCGCCAAGGCUCAAAGUAGCUCUGUGACAAAGAAAUGCCAGAAAGAGACAGGGACUGUACUGGGAAGACGGGUAGCUGUGAUUGACACUCCAGGCCUCUAUGAUACCACCCAGUCUGCUGAAGACACCCAGCAGGAGAUCAUUAAAUGCAUGGGGUUGGUAUCUCCUGGACCUCAUUUGAUCCUCUUGGUGAUGUCAGUGGGACGCUUCACACCAGAGGAGGGCGAGACACUCAGGUUGAUCAAAAUGACCUUUGGUGACAAAGCUGAGAAAUACACAAUGGUCCUCUUCACCAGAGGUGAUGACCUUGAUGAUCAGUUCAUUAAAGAUUACAUUGCAGAAGGUGAUCCUGAGGUCACAAACCUGAUUGCGGCCUGUAGUGGCAGGUACCAUGUCUUCAAUAACAAAGAAAAGAGAGACAGAAACCAAGUCAUUGAGCUGUUUAAAAAGAUAGAAAAGAUGAACUGUGAGAAUGGAGGAAGCUGCUACACUCAUGAGAUGUUCCUGGAGGCAGAAAAGGUAAUGAUACGAAUGCAGAUGAUGAAGGAGAGAGAGGAGACGAGCAGAGAACUGGCCAAGUACAAAUCAGAAAUUGAAGCCUUAAAAAGGGAAAAGCAGGAAAACGACAGAAGGUUGGAAGGAGCACAGAGGGAGAAGGAAGGGGAAAACCAGGCAAGGGCAGAAAGAGAGGAGGAACACAAGAGGACUGACCAAGAUAAUGUGCUGGGGGAAUUAUUGAGAGAGAUGACGGUUCUGGUGAGGAGACUGGAAGAUUUAGAGGAAUGGUUCAAGAAUGAAAACACACCGUCAGAGGACAAGCAGCAAGCAGAAGAGUUCAUAAAGAAAUACGUGCCAAAAAAGACAAAACAGCUACUUUGAGCUGUUAAGAGCUCCCAUUUUUCUGGCACUCUGCUGAUGCACAGUACAUGCACUGCCCCAUCUCAGGAGUGUCAGUGGCUGUGGUUACUGCAGCAUUUCACUUCCAAUUCUUACUGGGUUUAAGAAAGAAAAAAAGGUGGAACUGUUGAAAAAAUGUGGACAUGCAGUUUUACUAUGAGACAAGGACUUUUAGAAAAUAAUUUGCAGAAAUUUAUGGUAAGAGAGAUGCCUGACAUUCAUUACAUGAUAACUAGAGACUAUUCCUUAUGAGUAAUAUGUGAAGCAUUAUGAGACAGUUGAUAUUUCAACCGACUUGGCACAUUACUACUCCUGAACAUUGAAAAAUGUAAUAUAGAUAAUUUAUGGCUAAAUGGCAUUUAAGCAACUAUACUCAUUUAAAAAUAGAAGGCUCUUUAUCCUGUUCUUUUACAUUGAUUGUUCCAAACUUUCAUAAGUUAUCUAUUGUACCAUACUGUGAACUAUACUUCUACAUCAGUUUGUUGAUUUUGAACACAAAUCUCUGUUCAUUGCAAUGUUUCAUUUUGUAUGUGAGAUACACAA